UUACCAGAAUCCACCUUGGAGAUAAGUGCCCUAAAAUUAAAGGAGUGAAAGCUUAUACUAAAGAAGUUGACCGAAGACAAGUGAUCCUGGACUUGCAAAUAUGGUAGUAUAGAACUGUAUUAUCUCCUAUGAUUUAUCAUUAGAAAGCAUCUGAUCAGCUUCACUAAUAAGCAGUGAACAGUGAAUUCUCUCUGUGAAUCCUGUUGCUAAUAUUGAUUGCUUUGCUUUUCCUAAAAUAGUGCUAUCGAAUGUAAUAGAGGCUAGUUAUGGUACCACCUGUUCUCAAGCGUAAGUAUAUGAAUCUGCAGAGGUACAUUUAUUGUGAUGAACAUGAGGUUAUAGAAGUGUUUCUCUGAGAGUAGAACAUGCAUACAGAUGAAUGGAGAUGAACAUUUGCUUCAAAUGGGAAAGUUAGAUUGAGACCAUCCAUGAAGAAUAAUGAUUACAGGCUAUAUUUAUAGAAAAAAUGUGCUGAGAUAACCCUGAUUGGAAGGCUGCAGUUUGUUCAACAUGGUCUCUAUUUAGCAGAGAAUAUGCAUGUGAGUAAAACCAAGCUGUUACGAAUAUCUAGAAACAAGAACAGAAUCAUUAAAAAAACUAAGUACAGUACUUACUAUGAAUAUAACUAAAGUGCAGUACUUUUGAUGUGGAAAGCUGACUGUAUUCUGUCUAUAAGUAGUUUAAUGAUUGGUCAUGGAAUUAUUCGUCUGGAAGCAGCCCUAAAGCAAAAUAAAUGAAUAAUAUAGUAAUGGCCAACCUCAUUUGCCUUGAAUUUUGUAAUCAUGAGUAUCUGUGAUAUUGUGUGUUCAUGUCCUUAGGUGCUCUGCAUAGAUAAAAGCAUAGAACUCAAUGAAGCCAUGUUUGGUUAAGUAUUGCCUGAAUACUUUCAAAUCUGCUCUUUAAAGAUGCAUUGCUGAAAUUCUUCAGGAGAGUAAUAUAUUUGGCUAUAGGAGAAAACCGAACUAGCACGGGGCAACUGUUUCUCCUCCAGCUAUUUUUAUGAAAAAGUGAUAUGGGUGUUUUCCCACGGAGAGUUUGAGUGAGGAGGUAAUUUUCCAUUGCAAAUAGACCUGUCUUAUUUGGCUGGACUCCACAAUCCUGCGUGAUUCACAGGGGAUGCUAUUGUGAGGUCACCUGCUGCAGAAAUAAGGAAUAGGUGUCAUCAAGGGAGGAGGAUUCAAAAAACAGCUCAUCCAGUUAGGCACCCCAGGGGACACCGCCUCGCAUGUAGAUUGGGAGUAGGUGCUGAGUCCUUCCUCCAGUGCAGAGGGAAAAGGUGGAACUAUUGAAAUCUUCAAGCCACAUUCUUAGGCACUGCCCACAUUCCUUCCCUGAUUCAUUGCUGCUUUAGCUCCUUUAGACUGUCGAGGGAGAUAACAAAGGUGCGUUUUGCUGAUGUGAAAAUAAGGGGGCAACAUGACAAACUAUCAACUUCCUCUUAGAAUAGCAUUAUAGGUGUUUCUGUUUCUCCAUUUUUUGGUUUAUCAUAUUACAAUAUUUGCUUAUGUUGAGUAGUUUAGACUACUGUAUAGGCAAGCGCAAUAUUUAUAGCUACUACUUAUAACUGACUUUCUGUUGGUUUGCUUAAUCCCUCAAAAUUGCCUUGUUCAAAUAUUUGUGAAAAGUGCCUACAUAUUUGCAGCAUUCUCAACUCACCGAGCCACAUUAUGUUUGGUGAUCCGCAAACUUAUAUGACCUCAUGAUGUAUUUCCUUGUUCUCUGUGUCGGUCAUGUGAUCUGAUUACCAUUGCUUGAAGACGGAGGAUCGGCUUCGAUAACACUCAGCACAUAGCUGCCUGUUUUGGUUAUAUAGGGGAUUGUGAAAUUCACAUGGAGCUCUCCAAGCUUAAAGUAGGAGUGAAAGGACUACAGUUGUAUGGAACAUUACGAGUAAUCCUGGAGCCCCUUCUGACAGAUAUACCCUUUUUUGGAGCUGUAACCAUGUUUUUUAUACAGAAACCUCACUUGGAAAUCAAUUGGGCAGGGCUGACAAACUUGUUAGAUGCUCCAGGCAUUAGUUUAUUGUCAGACUCACUCAUUCAAGAUCUCAUUGCUACCCGGCUGGUGUUGCCAAACCGAAUCACAAUCCCAUUGAAAAAGAACAUGAAUGUUGCUCAGUUGCGGUUUCCUAUACCACGUGGAGUCAUAAGAGUAUAUCUUUUGGAAGCUGAAAAUCUUGUUCAAAAAGACAACUUCCUUGGGGCAAUCAGAGGCAAAUCGGACCCUUACGCACUCCUUCGAGUUGGCCUGGUGCAGUUCCGGAGCAAAACAGUACAAAGAGACCUGAAUCCCAUCUGGAAUGAAAUGUUUGAGUUUGUUGUUCAUGAAGUACCCGGCCAAGAUCUAGAAGUAGACCUUUAUGAUGAAGAUCCAGAUAAAGAUGACUUUUUGGGCAGCUUGCUUAUAAACCUUGCAGAUGUGAUGAAAGACAGAAUUGUUGAUGAGUGGUUUCCCUUGAGCAAGAUAGCAAGUGGGCAUGUCCACUUAAAGCUCGAGUGGUUUUCUCUGGUCACCAGUCAAGAGAAACUUAGUGAGGAUAGGAAUGGUCUUGCCACUGCAAUUCUCAUAGUGUAUUUGGACAGUGCUCUAAACCUUCCUAAAAAUCAAUUGGAAUAUUCCAGUGGUGAAUAUGGAGCAAAGAAAUACAGAAAAGACAGAUAUCUCAAGAAGAUAGAAAGAGAACCUUCUUCCUUUGUCCUACUCACAGUGGGCAACAAAACUCACAGAAGCAAGACUUGUAAUUUCACUAAGGAUCCGGCGUGGAGGCAGGCAUUCACUUUCUUUGUCCAUAGUGCUCCAUCGCAGUCUCUUCAUUUGGAGAUCAAAGAUAAGGAUCGGGAGAAUGCCCUUGGGACUUUGGUGAUUUCUCUUGCUCGUUUAUUAAGGAAUCCUGAGAUGACACUUGAACAAAAUUUUCAACUGGAUCAUUCUGGUGUGGACAGUUCUGUUAAGCUGAAAAUUGUGCUGAGAGCUCUGGAGAUAGAGGUCCCUGAUUCAGAAAACACCAAUAAUGGGGUUAAUGCCUUCAAACAAGUUCCUAUCUCAGCCACAGAACAGGAUGAGAACCAAAACAAGACACAGCUGCCACCGCCUCGUCCUCCUCCUCCUCCUCCACCACCACCACCACCACCACUAGAAGUGCCCAAGGCAGUCCAGGGGAACAAAGAAUCUGCUGUGCCUGAAUCCAAAGAAGACAAGCAGGAGAGCAAUGCUAACUCUAAUAUAAAUGAAAAAUGGUCAGAGCCCAUUGUUAUAGAGGCAGUUGCUGGAAUUAAUGAACAAGGAGUUACAGGUGGCUUGGACCCCAAAUCCUUGACACCUCCACAGACCAUUCAAGUACCCCCAACAUUGCCAGCUCUGCAGAGACUCCAGAUUGCCCCCAGCAUGGCAUCUCUAGGCACUGAAGCCUCUUCAGUGAUGGAUGUAACUUGCAGCAAUCUGAACCUCAAUAAUGGGACACUUCCUGAUGGAACGUCUAUGGGAGAGAUUCACCUCACUGUUCGGUAUGCUUCGUUAAGGCAAUCUCUCAUUGUGUUGGUCAACUCAUGCAGAAAUUUAAUAUCAUGCUCUCGGCACGGAGCACAUCCAUAUGUUCGCAUCUACUUGCUCCCAGACAAAAGAUGGGUAACCCGAAGGAGAACUACUGUGAAGAAAAGAACACUGAAUCCUCAGUAUGAUGAGAAAUUUGAAUUUUAUGACACUUUGGAAGACAUUAAGAAACGAGCUUUAGAUAUUGCAGUGAAAAACAGAAAGUCACUUAUUUCACAUGAAAGGAAAGAACUUGGAAAGGUGCUGAUUGACUUAUCAAAGGAAGAUCUAGUCAAGGGCUUCUCUCAAUGGUAUCAGUUGACAAUAACUGGACAGCCCCAGAGUUGAUUCCUUCCCACCUGAUCAACAGCACACUUCAUGCAUAUUUGGAACUUUGAAGACUGCUAUAAGAUUUUGUAAAUGUUUAUACUUCAAUAAUGCUUAACUUAUUUAAUGUAUUAGUACCAGUUUCUUAAUUCUAACUUUUUCAGGGCUGAAUUAACUUUUAAUGGUAAAAUUCAUAACAGUAAGUAUAUACUUGAGGAGUUCCCCAGUUGAUUGACCAAAGACACACGGGAUCCUCUUCUGGAUGCAGAGCACUCUGCUUUCCAUAUCCUCAGGCUCUGGUGACCGAGUACUGUUGCUGCUUAGUUUUACCCUCCCAGCUCUAUUCCCUCACACAAAGCGCCACAAGUAAACCAGAGUCCACAUCUUUUUGAAAUCACAUCGACAGGUAUGCUAGUUUUGUUCACAGAAUGUACUUUUUUGGUCUGGAUUGAACCCUCUUUUUCUGGGAGGUGAGAAGGUAACAAAUCCCUCAUCCCUGCAGGUGCAGUGGUGGGGGGGCUCUUCCUUCAGGCAGCAUUUCCUCACAUUUCACUGAAUCCUGUUCUAAAGGAUCCUGUGGUUUUUUUUCAGAUGAUCCAAGGGAUUAAGGAGAAAGGAUGGCUGCCAAAGAGGCCAAGACUCUAGAAUCCAACCAUUGCCUUAAAUUUUGUAGAUAAAACUCAAUCCAAGUUUUGCAUUAAUUAUGCCAAAGAAUAUAAUUCAGAAACGGUUUAUUUAAACUACAGAUGGAAUGUGCUUUUAAAGAAUA